AGUAAGCCCAUUGGGGAUUUGGGACAAACCAUAUAAAACGGCGUCGUAUAAUCUGUUCCGCCGGAAUUCCCCCGGAGAGAUGGAUGAAGAAGAGCAUGAAGUUUAUGGUGGUGAAAUCCCCAUUGAAGGUGACAUGGAACCUCACAGUGCUGACGUGGACAUGGCCACCGCCGAUGAUGACGCUGUUAAGGAAUUGGAUGAGAUGAAGAAGAGAUUGAAGGAGAUGGAAGAUGAAGCUGCAGCUCUUAGGGAGAUGCAGGCUAAGGUUGAGAAGGAGAUGGGUUCUGUUCAAGAUCCUGCAAGUACAGCUGCUUCACAGGAAAACCGGGAAGAACUUGAUUCACGAUCAAUAUUUGUUGGCAAUGUUGACUAUGCAUGCACUCCAGAGGAAGUUCAGCAGCAUUUCCAGGCAUGUGGUACUGUCAAUCGGGUUACCAUUCUUACUGAUAAAUUUGGCCAACCCAAAGGUUUUGCAUAUGUGGAAUUCAUUGAACAAGAAGCUAUCCAGGAGGCACUCCAGCUGAAUGAGUCUGAACUGCAUGGACGUCAGUUGAAGGUGAUGCCCAAGAGGACUAAUGUUCCAGGGAUGAAGCAGUUCCGUCCAGGGCGCUUCAAUCCGUACUUAGGAGGUUACAGGUCUAGAAGGCCUUAUGCAGCCCCCAUUUUCUACUCUCCAUACGGAUACGGAAAAGUUCCAAGGUUCAGGAGGCCUGGGAGAUUCAUGCCUUACUAUUAAAAGAUGCCAAAAUCUGAUGAAUGCAGACACUAGAAUCAUAAAUCAAAUACUGAUGCUGUCGUUUGGAGACCAUCCUUUUCAAAAAAAUUCCAGUGUAUCAUUUAGGUUUUGGUUGAGACAUUGUAGUAGCUAUCUAGCAUAAGUUUAUGCUUUCCUAUUUGCAUUUGCCUUGGUCAAAAAUCUCUUGUACAACACUAGAAUGAUCCUGUUGGAUGUUGAGAGGUUAUUUAGUUGACCAUAUUAACAAAAAAUGAUAUUCACCGCAUAA